AUGUGGGAGCCUUUUAUUCUCUUCCUGCUGCUUGUGUCACUCCAGGGAACAGCGGAGGCAAGCUCCUCAGAGAAGUCAGCCAAGGACAUGUUUGCGGCCUGGAGGCAGUACCAGCAGGAGUGUGAGCGCACAAUGGCCGAGGAGCCGUAUCCCGCAGGCCUGGUGUGUAACCGGACCUUUGACAUGUAUGCCUGCUGGGAGGACACUCUACCCAACACCACCGCCAUGGUGCCCUGUCCGUGGUACCUGCCCUGGCAUCACCACGGCCCGGCUGGCCAGUGGGUGACGGACGAGUCGGGGCUGCCCUGGAGGGACCACUCGCAGUGUGAGGAUCUCAGCACAGACCACCCCUUCCAGAAGCAGGUGCGGUUCCUGGAGCAGUUCCGGCUGAUGUACACCGUGGGCUACUCCCUCUCGCUGGUCUCCCUGCUGCUCGCCCUGCUGCUGCUCCUGGCUUUCAGAAAGCUGCGAUGCACCCGCAACUACAUCCACGUGAACCUCUUCCUCUCGUUCAUGCUGCGGGCCGUCUCCAUCCUCACCCGGGAUGCCCUCCUCCGUGUGCGCUUCUCCAAGGACCUGCAGCACGAAGGGGACCUCUUCCAUCUCCUCGGGGACCAGGCUGCCGCUGGCUGCCGCCUGGCUCAGGUCCUGACCCAGUACUGCGUCGGGGCCAACUACUACUGGCUGCUGGUGGAAGGGCUCUACCUGCACAACCUGCUUGUGCUGAUGGCCAUCUCGGAGGAAAGCUGCUUUGUGGGCUACCUGCUUGUCGGAUGGGGAGCCCCCAUCCUGUUUGUCAUUCCUUGGGUGAUCAUCAGAUACCUCUAUGAAAACAACCAGUGCUGGGAGAGAAAUGACAACAUGGCCUAUUGGUGGAUUAUCCGCUGCCCCAUCCUGCUUGCCAUCCUGGUUAACUUUGUCAUAUUCGUCCGUAUCAUUAAGAUCCUGGUCUCCAAACUCCGGGCUCACCAGAUGCGCUACACGGAUUACAAGUUCAGGCUGGCCAAGUCGACACUGACCCUGAUCCCGCUGCUGGGCAUCCACGAGGUGGUGUUUGCCCUGGUGACGGAGGAGCAGGCCCAGGGGACGCUGCGCUACGUCAAGCUCUUCUUUGAGCUCUUCCUCAGCUCCUUCCAGGGUCUUCUGGUGAGCAUCCUCUACUGCUUUGUCAACAAGGAGGUCCAGUCUGAGAUCUGGAGGAAGUGGCAGAGGUGCCAGCUGGGCGCGAACCUGCUGGAGAAGCCUGGCCACAGCUGCAGCCAUGGGCUGUCCUGCCGCUGCCAGCAGGGCAAGGCCUCUGAGGCGGGCUGCCCCCAGCGCCCCAGCCACCCGGGGAAGAGGGGAGCUGAGGCGGAGUCCAACUGCAGCUCGGAGAACUCCAUGGGCGGCUCCCAGCUGCAGCAGCAGCAGCGCCGCCCCUACGCCAGUACCAUGGGCAGCAAAUCCUACUGCUACAUCCCGGUCCAGACGCAGCCAGCGGGCAGGCUGAGGGGCAAGGAGCUGCUCCCCAGUGCCAGGGAGCCUGGGGACAACAAGAUCUCAGAGAGCUGUUGCUAAAAUCGAACUCGGGGCCCUUCCCGCCUGCUGGCCCAGGGGCCGGGAGAGAGGGUCCAGGUUGUG